UCUUCCGCUUGGUGGCUGCUGGAGACGUAUUCAGGUACCUGUGGUGGUGCUGCUGGUUAGACGGUUCCUGGUAGCCGGAGCUUGAUUUUGUAAAAAGAUACUGUUCAUCAAAUAACUAUGGAUUUUCAACAUCGACCAGGAGGGAAAACUGGCAGUGGAGGGGUUGCUUCUUCUUCAGAAAGCAAUCGAGAUCGAAGAGAACGAUUGAGACAGUUAGCUUUGGAAACGAUUGACAUAAAUAAGGAUCCCUAUUUUAUGAAAAAUCACUUGGGUUCUUAUGAAUGUAAACUUUGUCUAACACUUCACAACAAUGAGGGGAGCUAUUUGGCACACACACAAGGGAAAAAACAUCAGACUAAUCUGGCACGACGAGCAGCAAAAGAAGCAAAGGAGUCACCAGCACAGCCUGCCCCAGAGAAGGUUAAAGUGGAAGUGAAAAAGUUUGUGAAAAUUGGGCGGCCAGGUUAUAAAGUGACCAAACAGAGGGAUGCAGAAGUGGGACAACAAAGUCUUCUUUUUCAGAUUGAUUAUCCUGAAAUUGCAGAAGGUGUAAUCCCACGCCAUCGGUUUAUGUCUGCAUAUGAGCAACGAAUUGAACCACCAGACAGACGUUGGCAGUACCUAUUGUUUGCAGCAGAGCCAUAUGAAACCAUUUCUUUUAAGGUACCAAGUAGAGAAAUUGAUAAAGUUGAAGGGAAGUUUUGGACUCACUGGAAUAGAGAAACAAAACAGUUUUUUCUUCAGUUCCAUUUCAAGAUGGAAAAACCAUUGCAACCACCGACCUUGCCAAUUGGACCACCUGGGAUAAAGAACAGACCACCACCACCACCACUCAUGAAUGGUAUGCCACCAAGAGCCCCCAUGCCACCAGAUGCUCUGCCACCUCCAAGACCAGCAGGCAUGCCCAUGCCACCAAUGCCACCAUCUGGCCCAGUGCCGCCUGGUCCACCACAGCUUCCUCCAGCUCCACAGGGACCACCACCAACUCCACAGGGACCGCCACCAACACCACAAGGUCCUCCUCCGACUCCGCAGGGUCCUCCUCCAACUCCGCAAGGUCCUCCUCCGACCCCACAAGGCCUCCCACCAACACCGCAAGGUCCUCCACCAACUCCUCAGGGCCUCCCCCCUCCGCCGACUCCUCAGGGCCUCCCCCCUCCGCCGACUCCUCAAGGUCUCCCCCCUCCGCCGACUCCUCAAGGUCUCCCCCCUCCGCCGACUCCUCAAGGUCUCCCCCCUCCGCCGACUCCUCAAGGUCUCCCCCCUCCGCCGACUCCUCCUCAAGGUCUCCCCCCUCCUCCGACUCCGCAAGGUCUCCCUCCACCAGCCCCACAGGGUCCUCCCCCUAAUUCAGUUCCAUCUAUGAUUAGGCCUCCACUGCCCAGUGAUUCUGUACCAGUAUCUGCAGCACCUACACCCCUCCCACCACCACGUGUUCAUCCUCCUCCUACUAACUGACCUUUUUUCAAAGAAUUUUGUGUUUUCAACAGAAUGCAAUUUUUACAGAAAGUAAUUUUGUUUUUAAUUUUGUGUAGCCAUAUUUCUUUCCAGUGUAUAGUACUUUGCUGUACUUCAUCUUUCAUUAAAGACAUUUUUCAACA